UCACAUUCGCAGGCGGGAGCGGGAGCCGCGCUGGAGCUGCCGCCGGUGAUGGGCAGCGCCGGGGGCCGGGGGACCCGGUGCCCGGAGCAGGAGCCCGCUGCGCCCGGGCGCUGGUGACGCUGCCGCGCUCAAUCCUCACCUCUGCCCCGGCCACCGCCAGCUCCUCGCCUGCGUGGCCGUGGCCUCCAGCGCGGGUCCGGGUCUGCUGCGGGCCCUGGGGCAGCGCGGUGGUGCCGGGACCUGCAGCGGGUGAUGCAGGAGCCGCCGGCACAGGGGUGCUGUGGGCUGCCGAGGGCAUGGCCGGCUCCCUGAGCCCAGAGUGACUGCGCUCGCUCGAGGUCAGGACUGCUGCCCGGAGGAUGCCCUGUGUGUCUCCAGUUACCUCCCUCCCGCCUCACCGCAGAGUAUCUGGAGUUGCUCGCUCGCCCCUGCCGCGGGGGGACAGGGGCACAGGCCUCCAGAGGGUUAAGAGCAUCUGCCUUUACGCCAAGUGUUGGAGCAGGAAAUAAUCUGCAGAGAUACAUGUGCAGCAAUUCAACUGCUGCUGCUCUCCUGGCUGCCGCGCUGCAGGUCGGUGUGUGAGGGAUGCUGUGCUGCUCACAGAAGAUGCUGUCCUGGUGUGUCCGAGGCACUGGGCACAGCAGCAGAGCCCCGGUGAUCUGAGCUGGGGAAAUGUCUCCAUCCAAGAGGAAUUAUGUUGCCGUGCUGGGUCUGUCAGCUCACUGAGAAUGGUAGACCUGGAAACCAACUGGAGAUUGCAAAGUCUCCUUUUCCUCAAGGUCACUGGUCAGCGGUCAUCUUCCACCACGUCCAAGGGAACCAGAAGAGCUCUGCACUAGCUUCUAAGGUUUGCCUCACCAUGGAAGAUCAUAGGAUUUUCUGGCUCAGGUUUUAUGAAGUUCAGUGUCUGCCUUGGACCUGCAGUUUGGAAAAGGGAUCACCUCUGAGGCACUGCUGAGAGACACAAAACCCUGUCGCAGACAAUGAGCACUUUAAGUAGUCCUGGGAUAUUACUCAGCUUAACAACAGUGUCUGUUACCCUGGAUUUUAGCUUGCAUGGUGGGCUCAUGGCUUGGUCCUUAAGCAGCAAUUUGACUCUGAAUCAGAGUUUGCCUACAUCUGAUCCUCUUAAUGCCUCUGAGAAGAGCGAAGUCUCUCGGAUGUCUGUGAGGGAGAAGAACUGGCCAGCCCUCCUGAUCUUGGUUGUCAUCCUGCUCACCAUUGGGGGGAACAUACUGGUAAUUAUGGCUGUGUCCUUGGAGAAGAAGUUGCAGAAUGCCACAAACUUCUUUCUGAUGUCCUUGGCAGUGGCGGACAUGCUGGUGGGUAUCCUGGUCAUGCCCGUGUCGCUCAUUACAGUCCUGUAUGAUUAUGCUUGGCCUUUGCCUAAACAGUUGUGCCCUAUAUGGAUUUCCCUAGAUGUGCUCUUUUCAACUGCAUCUAUUAUGCAUCUCUGUGCCAUCUCUCUUGAUCGGUAUGUAGCAAUACGCAAUCCCAUUGAGCACAGCCGCUUCAAUUCCCGCACCAAGGCUAUUAUGAAAAUUGCUGCAGUUUGGACCAUAUCCAUAGGGAUAUCUAUGCCCAUUCCAGUCAUUGGUUUGCAGGAUGACUCCAGGGUGUUCGUAAAUGGGACCUGUGUCCUCAAUGACGAGAACUUUGUCCUCAUUGGAUCCUUCAUGGCGUUCUUCAUCCCUCUCAUCAUCAUGGUGAUCACGUACUGCCUGACUGUCCAGGUGCUGCAGAGACAGGCAACGGUGUUCAUGUGCGGAGAGGUGCCCAAGCAGAGGAGGAGCAGCGUAAACUGCCUCAAGAAGGAAAACAACGCAGAGAACAUUUCGAUGCUUCACAAUCACGAGGGGGCAUCUCACUUGAACUCUCCUGUAAGUAAGGAGGCAGUGCUCUUUCGGAAAGGAACUAUGCAGUCCAUCAACAAUGAGCGAAGAGCCUCCAAGGUCCUGGGCAUCGUCUUCUUUUUGUUCCUUAUCAUGUGGUGCCCGUUUUUCAUCACUAACGUCAUGUCUGUCCUUUGCAAGGAAGCCUGCGACAGAGACCUGCUGAGUGAACUCCUUGAUGUGUUUGUUUGGGUGGGGUAUGUGUGCUCUGGGGUCAAUCCCCUCGUAUACACACUCUUCAACAAGACGUACCGCAGGGCUUUUUCCAAUUACAUCCGCUGCCUCUACAAGACCAGUAAAAAGUCAGCCCUGCGGCAGAAUCAGUGUCUGAAUGUGGCUUCAACAGCUUUAUAUGGCAAAGACCUGACUUUAACUAGUUAUCGAAAUGGCAACGAACUCAAUAGCAUGGUACUAGAUGAUGCUGAGGAGGGCCUGGAAAUGCAACCAGGGACUUCAGAGCUGUCCAUAAACAGCUGUAAUGUUAUAAGUGAAAGAGUGAGCUGUGUGUAAAGGUGCUCACACAGCCUUUUGCUGCGGGUUAUCCGUAGCCAAAGUAUAUUGUAUAAAAAUGUAAGUGUUGGUCCAAGGGCCAUGUAAAUAUUGCAUUCUGAACAAAGCUUUUUUUUUUUAAAGAAAAAGGAGUUGUCUUUCCAGUCCAGUACUUAAGAUCAUAUAUAUUAGUAUAAAUGCAGUGAAGUUUAAGGUUCUAUAUUUACUGUUAAUACUAGAUCAGAACUCUUAGUUACUUUGCAUAUGUCAUGGACAAAAUGUUUGAAUUCUUCUUCCAGUGCAUGAACAAAAAUGCUGAAUAUUUAUCUCAGGUGGCAUUUGCUGGAGUCCAGAAUGGCACGUUAAUAGUUAUAUAUCAAAUACAUGCUAUUAGACUUGGUCAGUAGAACUUUCUUUUUCAAGUUGACAGUAAAUAUAUACUUUAAAUCCUCA